AUGGCUGACCAGGACCAUAUUGACUUCAAGUUGUACAGAUAUACACCCAACCGCGUCGCGGCAGGGUUAUUCGUGGCCUUCUUUCUCCUCACAACAAUAUACCAUGUCUAUCAGUUGCGGCGUGGACGGGCUUGGUACUUCAUUGCCUUUGUAAUUGGAGGAAUAUUCCAAAUCAUUGGCUAUGUCUGCCGCAUCCUCGCCCAUAAUCACAAAGAAUCGGUUCCAAUCUACAGCGUGCAGACUAUCCUUAUCCUGCUUGCACCACCGCUCUACGCUGCCUCAAUCUAUAUGGUCCUGGGCCGCCUUAUCACCAUUCUACGUGCCGAAAAGCUUAGUCUGGUUCCUGUCAAGUGGAUGACCAAAAUCUUCGUGGUAGGAGACGUGAUUGGAUUUGUCGCUCAGGCUGCAGGCGGCGGCAUCAUGGCAUCUGGUACGAUAGAAAACUAUAACCUCGGUGAAGACGUCACCGUCGCCGGCCUGGCGGUUCAACUGGCCUUCUUUAGUGUCUUCAUAGUAACCUGCGGGAUAUUCCACCACCGCAUCAGACAGAGGCCUACACAGCAGGUGGCCACUAUAUCGGCCCGUCUCCGCGGACAGAAGAGACGGGGUUGGGAGACUGUCCUCGUGGGACUCUAUGCAGCGAGCCUGCUGAUUCUUGUGCGGUCAAUCUUUCGAGUUAUCGAGUAUGUGCAAGGCAAUGAUGGGUAUUUAAUUAGCCAUGAGGUGUUUAUGUAUGUUUUUGACUCGGCACUGAUGUUUUUGACCAUGGUUGUUAUGAACCUGUGCCAUCCAUCGGUGAUUCUGGUUGGGUCGCAGAAGGGGCGAGAUGCGGAGAUGAGAGCGCUCGAGACUGAGCGGAGUAGUUAG